CUUUUUUUGUCCACUUUGUCCUCGCUCUCAUGUUCUCUGUCCUGCAGCAGUAUGGAGGAGUCUGACCUGCUGAAAGAGAGGCUGCAGGCCAUCACUGAGAAGCAUCGCAUUCAGGAGGACAUCAGAGAGAGGAAACUGGAACUGGACCAAGAAAAACUCAAACUUCAGCAUCUAAAGAAAAAAGCUCUGAGAGAGCAGUGGCUGCUACAGGGCUCAGCUUCCCACAAUGCAACAGACUCCCGACAGCAACAGAGCCUUCUGUCUGACCAGCAGCAGACCAGAGCACUGCAGCUCAACAUCCACAGGGUAGAAAUGGAGGUGGAGUCUCUGGAGAGAGAGGAGUCCACGAUUUCUACCAACGAGAGUUUCAUCCUCAACAGACUGAAGGCUGUGGAGAAAAGUUCAGGGGACAUUAUCAAGGAGGCCCAGGACAGAUUUGUUCCUGAGCCAUUACAGUUCACCACAGUGAUCCCCGAUGUCCCAGAAUCCCUCUCUCCACCAGCCAACAAAGAUUCUGAACCACACACACUAAGAAAGACUCUGUUUGCCAUGGAGAUCAAUGUGACUAAAGACCUGUUGACUGGGAAGAGCACAGUACUUUCUACCGCAGCAGUUCCUCCUGAGGAGUUAAACCAACACGCCGGGCUCAAGGUUUACGACGACGGCAGGAAGUGUGUUUAUGCCUUGAAUUCACAAGAGGGGUCACAUGAUCGUAGCUGUGUGUCUGAGCUGUCAGCCAACGAGGUGGAACAGUUGCUGAGAAGCGCCACAGUACAUCGCCAAGCACGUAACCAAAACUACCACCAAACUCACAGCAGAAAGGAGGAACAUUGCUUUUACAACCACCAAGAUGAGAGAGCGGCCGUGGAGAAGUCUGACCUCGGAAACCAGCGAAGAUAUUAUGGCGCCCGUCCCCUCAGAAACGACAUAACGGAGAAAGACUUUAGCCGGCAGAGCAAACCGGGGGUAGAGCAUCGCCAUGGUCACCAGGAAAGCCAUAACAGAUGGCAGGAAGAGAGAAAUAACCAAAGCAACCUGAGGGAAGGUCAUCGCCUCGGAAGCCACAGGGGGGUGGGACAUCACUAUGGCAACCAGAAAGAUCGUCACUACAGUUCUCACCCGGUGAGAAACUGUCACAGUGUUCAGGAAGAUCGGCCUGCUAGCCACCCCACCAGCAGCAUCAUCCGAAGCAAAAGUGAGGUAAAUGGAAGCAGAGCCAAUGACUGCCCUCCUCCCAGAUCACAUGACCAGGAAGCAGUGUCUGCCUACCAAACACAGCUCCGCUACACUCCAGCCAAUUAUAUGCCUCUUAAUGAUUACAUCAGUGUGGACGAAGAACAACUUUAUUGCUCCAACCCACCGUCCCAUCACGGCCACGAUGGAAAACCACCCACUGCCCUGUACAGUGGCCCCACCCACUCUGAUAGAGUGCCCUCCCCUCUCUACGAACACGACACCCCUUACACCAUCCUCAACGCCUUGGACACCACCGAGCCAAUCACAGCCAUCUUCAUGGGCUUCCAGACGGCGCAGGAUGACAGUAGGCAGGGUAAGGAGUUUGAGGGCUCCCUGAAGGCAGAACUGGUCAUCAUUCAGGACGACGAAGACAACGGUGAUGACUGCAGCAUGAGGGAGAAGAAGCGCCACGUCCAGCUCGGGGGCAACAGUUAUCCAGCAGGAAGUUCAGCCAAUGGAAAUGUGGGACGUAUUGAGGGAGUUGGAGACAGACGGAUGGAGAGACGGGUGGGACCAGGUAUCAGAAAGAUCCCGAAAAAGCACAAACCCUGCUGUACUGUCUGCUAACGGGACUAACUAAUGCAUGCCUGAGUGUCCAACUCAAUACCCAGCUGUAUCAGUCUUCUGUCCUGAUGACUGACUGCACACAAGUGUAUUUGACAUGCUGAACUGACCUGCUGCUGCACUCUGAAAACAAGGCUGCAUGUUAGAACUCACUAACUAAAACCAAAGACCUGAAAUCAACAUCAGAGCAUUCAUCCCAUACAUGGAUAAUUAGUUUGAUUGAUUAGUUUGCUGACAUUUUGUUAAUAAGCUACUAGAACUAGGAACAGGUCUGGUAAAUCUUAAGCUUGAUUCAUGUUGUGUGCAAAGGGGGUUACAGCGUAAUGUAUGCAUUAGAUAAAAUGUAGCUACACAACGGGGCUACAGCAGCACCACAUCGGGACCACAAGUACUGUGAUUGGCUGCUUAAGUUUAAGUUUAAGUUUAAGUUUAAUUUAUUUGCACAUACAUAAAACCGCACAAAAUCCAGUCAAUGAAAAAAA